CGUAGGCUUCAGAACUUGGAAAAAAUAAUGAGAGGCCUCAAAUCGCUAGCCUUACAUUCUCCUGUAUGUGUUUGUGUAGUAUAAGGGCUGGCUUUGCCUCUGCCUUACCUUAUCCUAUCCACUCACUCUCCAACGUCUCUCUCUCUCUCUCUCCCCCCUCCUUCCUUGUUACCCUUUUCCCUCACUCUCUCUAAAACCUCAAUUCAUUCCCUCUCUCACUUCCUUCCUGGUUCUGUAUUCAUCAGUUUGAAGAGUUCUCUUGUUUUUGUCUUUUAAACCCAGAAAAAAUACCAGUGUUUGAGAUAUUAAUAUUAUUCGUGGCGGUUGCUAUAUUGAUUGUGUCACGCCCAAGAAUCUUCCAGAGUUUGAGGACGACGUCGACGGAGAGAUUAUUAUUUAAUCUCGCAGUUAAUUAUUCGAUAAAUUCAACUGUUUCUUCAUAGUUAUUUCCGUCCAGCAGCAAGAAAGAAGAAGCUAGAAUUAAAACUCUCUUAAAUUGAAGAGCUAGCUAGCUUUAUCAUUAUCCAAGACGAAGAAAAGCUUCUUCAAUUUCUUCAUCUGCAACAAUGGCUCCUAAAGCAGGCAAAACCAAACCCCACAAAACUAAGGGAGACAAGAAGAAGAAGGAAGAGAAAGUGUUGCCAACUGUAAUUGAAGUUACUGUGGACACCCCAGACGAUUCUCAAGUCACCCUGAAGGGAAUAUCUACGGACAGGAUCUUGGAUUUGAGAAAGUUGCUUGGGGUCCACGUAGAGACAUGUCACCUGACCUGUUACUCCUUGUCCCACGAGGUGCGGGGUCCUAGGCUGAAAGAUUCCGUUGACAUCGCCUCGCUGAAACCUUAUCAUCUAUCCAUCGUUGAAGAGGACUACACUGAGGAGCUCGCCGUGACUCACAUUCGGCGACUCCUCGACAUCGUGGCAUGUACCGCCGCCUUCGGCUUCUCCUCCACCGCCGGUAAGCCGGUUGUCCGGUCCAACACAAGGAUGCUGCCGGCCAAAGAAUCCGGUUCGGUUGAGAUCGAACAGUCUCAGCAGCAGAGUCCAACUUCAGAAAAUGGAUUGGGAAUCAGUUCAAAGCCUGAAUCUGGUGAUCAAAAGCUUGAUUCUGGCGAUGGAGAAGUUCAGAGAGGUGGUGUUGAAAAAGGCGACAAGUCGGAGAAAGUGGACAUUGACAUUUCCUUGUGUCCCCCACCGAGAUUGGGGCAAUUUUACGACUUCUUUUCGUUCUCGCAUCUAACGCCUCCUAUACAUUACAUACGAAGGUCAAAUCGUCCAUUCCUAGAAGAUAAGACAGAAGAUGAUUUCUUUCAGAUUGAUGUUAGGGUUUGCACUGGAAAACCAACAACAAUUGUUGCUUCCAGAAAGGGAUUCUAUCCUGCUGGAAAACGUCUCCUUGUCAGUCACACUUUAGUAGGCCUCCUUCAGCAGAUAAGCAGAGUGUUUGAUUCUGCUUACAAAGCUCUGAUGAAGGCCUUUACAGAACACAAUAAAUUUGGCAAUCUUCCUUAUGGUUUUCGUGCAAAUACAUGGGUUGUCCCUCCAGUUGUUGCUGACAAUCCAUCUGUCUUUCCCCCACUUCCAAUGGAAGAUGAAACGUGGGAAGGCAACGGUGGUGGACAAGGAAGAGAUGGUAAGCAUGAUAAGCGACAAUGGGCUAGAGAGUUUGCAAUACUAGCUGCAAUGCCUUGUCAAACUGCGGAAGAGAGGCAAAUUCGAGAUAGGAAAGCCUUUCUAUUGCACAGUUUAUUUGUCGACGUGUCAGUCAUAAAAGCUGUUACAGCAAUAAAGCAUUUUAAAGAAAGCUCUUUAAACAGUCCAACUACCCAAACUUCCUAUGAAGAAAAAAUAGGACAUUUGGUUAUUAAGGUGACCAGAGAUGUAUCUGAUGCAAGUGUGAAGUUGGAUUGCAAAAAUGAUGGAAGUCAGAUUCUUGGAUUGUCAGAAGAAGAGCUUGCUCGAAGAAACUUGCUUAGAGGCAUAACUGCAGACGAGAGUGCAACUGUUCAUGAUACUCCUACUUUAGGUCUAGUAAUUGUAAGGCACUGCGGCUUCACAGCUGUGGUGAAUGUUUCAACUAAGGUAGAUUGGGAAGGGAGUCCUAUUCCUAUGGACAUUGAUAUUGAGGACCAGCCUGAAGGAGGUGCACAUGCUUUAAAUGUUAACAGCUUGAGGAUGCUGUUACACAAGUCAUCUACGCCCCAAUCAUCUAAUACAAAUCAACGAACCCAAAGCACAGAUGUUGAAAAUUUACGAUCUGCUAGGUCUUUGGUAAGGAGAGUUAUAGAGAAAAGCUUACUGAAAUUGCAGGAAGAACCCACUAAACACAGUGAAUCUAUCAGAUGGGAAUUAGGAGCUUGUUGGGUUCAACAUUUGCAAAAUCAAGCUACUGGGAAAACUGAGCCCAAAAAGUCAGAAGAGUCCAAACCUGAAGCAGAUGUUAAGGGGCUGGGGAAGCAAGGUGGGUUACUAAAGGAACUGAAGAAAAAGAUUGACAGCAGGAAUUCAAAGGCUGAACAAAAGAAAGACGCUUUAGCAAAUAAUGGUGUUGGCAUAACUAACAAGUCAGGUGCCACUCAAGAGGAGUUAGGGAGACAAGAUGAAGAAAAGGAAGCUGUGUGGAGAAAGCUGCUUCCUGAUGCAGCAUAUACACGUCUUAAAGAAUCUAAAACUGGUCUCCAUCUAAAGUCACCUGAUGAAUUGAUGGAAAUGGCACAUAAUUAUUAUGUUGAAACUGCACUUCCAAAGCUGGUGGCAGAUUUUGGUUCCCUUGAACUUUCACCGGUUGAUGGAAGGACAUUAACUGAUUUCAUGCAUACCAGGGGCUUGCGAAUGUCUUCCUUGGGACGAGUGGUUGAGCUUGCAGAUAAGCUUCCUCAUGUGCAAUCGCUUUGCAUACAUGAGAUGGUUGUUCGAGCCUUCAAGCACAUCUUGCAAGCUGUCAUUGCAGCAGUUGAUGAUGUCUAUGAACUGGCUUCAUCUAUUGCAUCAUGCUUAAACAUACUGUUGGGAACACCUACUCCUGAAACUAUUGAUGCAGAAAUUAUCGAUUGUGAUAAUUUGAAAUGGAAAUGGGUAGAGGCUUUCCUUCUCAAGAGGUUUGGGUGGCAAUGGAAACAAGAAAGUGUUCAAGACUUACGAAAGUUUGCCAUUCUACGUGGACUAUGCCACAAGGUUGGACUUGAGCUGGGUCCUAGGGACUAUAAUAUGGAGACAAUAUCUCCUUUUAGAAAGUUAGAUAUCAUAAGCAUGGUCCCCAUAUAUAAGCAUGUGGCUUGCUCAUCUGCUGAUGGUCGCACACUGUUGGAGUCAUCGAAGACUUCUCUGGAUAAAGGUAAAUUGGAGGAUGCUGUCAACUAUGGAACUAAGGCACUGUCAAAAUUAGUGUCAGUAUGCGGACCAUACCACAGAAUGACAGCUGGAGCGUAUAGUCUCUUGGCUGUUGUGUUGUACCAUACAGGAGAUUUCAAUCAGGCAACUAUUUAUCAGCAAAAGGCAUUGGAUAUAAACGAAAGAGAGCUUGGACUAGAUCAUCCUGAUACAAUGAAAAGUUACGGGGAUCUGGCUGUUUUCUACUACCGACUCCAACACACGGAGCUCGCUCUAAAGUAUGUCAAUCGUGCAUUGUAUCUUUUGCACCUUACUUGCGGACCCUCACAUCCAAAUACUGCUGCAACCUACAUCAAUGUAGCAAUGAUGGAAGAAGGAUUGGGGAAUGUCCAUGUUGCUCUCAGAUACCUUCAUGAAGCUUUAAAGUGUAACAAAAGAUUACUUGGGGCUGACCACAUACAGACAGCUGCAAGCUACCAUGCAAUAGCCAUUGCUCUUUCUCUGAUGGAAGCAUAUUCUCUAAGCGUUCAGCAUGAGCAAACCACCUUGCAAAUACUCCAGGCCAAACUUGGUUCUGAUGAUCUAAGGACACAGGAUGCUGCUGCAUGGCUUGAAUAUUUUGAGUCAAAGGCUCUUGAGCAACAGGAGGCUGCACGCAAUGGCACACCUAAACCAGAUGCCUCAAUCUCCAGCAAAGGUCAUUUAAGUGUGUCGGACCUCUUGGAUUACAUCACACCAGAUGCUGAUCUGAAAGCAAGAGAAGCACAGAAAAAGGCCCGUGCCAAGUUGAAGGGGAAGCCUGGCCAAAACUGGGAAACAGUUCCAGAUGAAAAUCAGAAGGAUGAAGAUGUGUCUAAAGAGCAUCCUACUGUGGAGAACACAAGUGAUAAAGAAAAUAAAUCAGAAUCUCAACUUGCAGAACUUGUAAUUGAUAAAGUUGAACCCAUGCUUUCAGAUCAAUCAAUCCUCAAUGAAAGCAAUAACCUGGGGCAGGAUGACACCUCAGAUGAAGGAUGGCAAGAGGCUGUUCCAAAAGGUCGCUCACUCACUGGGCGCAAGUCAUCUUCAUCAAGGAGGCCAACCCUAGCAAAACUGAACACUAACUUCAUUAAUGUUUCCCAGUCAUCAAGAAAUCGAGGGAAGCCCGCAAAUUUUUCUUCUCCUCGAACAAGCUCAAAUGAGACGAGUCCUUCAGUCGGGCCCUCCCUUCCUGCUCCAAAGAAGUUUGUAAAGAGUGCAAGCUUCAGUCCUAAGGUGAAUAGUACCAAUGCCACAGCUGCCAGAGCAGAUAAGUUAGCAGAUUCAAAGUCAGCCCCAACUAGCCCUGCUGUAAGUGAUCAAAAUGCUAAAACGGCUCCUUCUGCCAGUACCAUCAGUGUUCAGACAGCAGGUAAACUUUUCUCCUACAAAGAAGUUGCCUUAGCUCCCCCUGGUACAAUUGUGAAGGCUGUGGCUGAGCAAUCACCAAAGGGAAAUCUUGCUGGUCAGCAAAACCCCGAGGCAAGCCACGAGAUAGUUGCAACAGAGAGGGUUCAUUGUGCAGCAGCAUCGAGAAAGGAUGUGGAAGAAAAACAUGUUCAGAAACCUAGUGAUGAGAAGCAGCUUUUGGUUUCCGAAGAAGAAAGUUCAAGCGUUGUACAUGAAGCAAAAACCAAAGAAGAAGCUGAAGCGGUGACAGACAAUGCAGAUUUUGCAAAAGGUACCGAUGUCAGAGAUGAGGUUGUGAAACCCCAAGAAGAUAGUAGUGAUACAGUUAAAGAGAAGAAAGCUGGAACGACCAAUAUCACAGUCGGGCAGGUUGAGAACAAUGAUUGUUUGAAGAAUGUGAGUGACGGUGCUGCCGCUCGAAGUGAAUCAAAGACAGAAGUACUAGAAAGUUUCCCAACAACUCCCCUCGAUUCAUUUUUCCCAACCAAUUCAGCUGAAGAUUCAAAAGAGUUGCUCAAUAACGAUGCAUCUGUAUCAAAAGAGAAGCUUGCUGAAGGAGAUGAAAAACAACAUGAAUCACUCAGUGGUAAUGCAGAUAGCAAGUCAAUACCAUCAGAAGGAGAAAAGCAAGAUGAAACAGAAUCAGGAAAGGAAACAACCAAGAAACUUUCUGCAGCUGCACCACCAUUUAAUCCAUCAACUAUUCCUGUUGGCUCAGUUCCAGUUCCAGGCUUCAAAGAUCAUGGAGGAAUUUUGCCCCCGCCAACAACUAUUUCUCCUAUGAUUGCAGUAAAUCACCGUAGAUCACCUCAUCAGUCAGCAACAGCAAGGGUUCCAUACGGUCCCCGCAUAUCUGGAGGCUACAAUAGAUAUGGGAACCGAGUUGCACGAAAUAAAACUGUAUUCCACACUAGUGAACCCACCACUGAUGGCAGUUGCAUUAGCCCUCCCACGAUAAUGAACCCACAUGCCACUGAGUUUGUGCCUGGCCAACCUUGGGUUCCCAACGGCUAUCCAGUGCCUGCUAAUGGAUAUAUGACUUCACCAAAUGGUAUUCCAGUUUCACCAAGUAGUUUGCCCAUGGCUCCCAAUGGAAUUCCAUUAUCCAAUGGAUAUCCAACUUCAGUAAAUGGUAUCCCAGUGACUCAAAAUGGAUUUGCAACGUCUCCCACUGUUUCCACAGAUCUAGCACCAGUUGAGAAUGUUGAAAAUGAUCUCGGAAACAUAAUUGAAACGCCAGAUAAGGAAACUGAAGAAGAAACUUCAACGGAAGUCAAGUGUGAAAAGCUGGAAGUUGAGCAAAAUACUCAAGACCAAUCUGCCAGCACUGAAAAUGGUUCUAAAACAGAAGAAAAUCCCAUAGACCUAGUCCCAAUAGCUGAUUGUUGUCAAGAAGAAAAAGAACUUAGCAAGGAAAUAGUGCCUGAGAAAAAUCCAAGCAAGUGUUGGGGGGAUUACAGUGAUAGUGAAGCAGAAAUGAUUGAGGUCACAGGUUAAGUUUUGUAUCUUCUUCGUGAGACUCCAAGGGAUGAUGACUAUGUUCUAGAACAGUGAGGCCCCAAUUUACAACUGGGUUGGCGAGUUCAAUGACCUGAAAACUCAUGGAGAACUGAUGACAGUAAGGAAGUGCAAAAUUCUUAUACGACCUCGUACUCUAAUAAUGGAUGAGGUUAGGUUAACAGUCUUGUUCAUAUUGUCCAAAAGCAGUCUUGUUUAUAGCCUAUUUUGCGGAAGCAAGUCAUCUAGACGUUGAAGCCUUUGUUGAGUGGCUACCCAUCUCCUGUAUUAAAUUGUUUCAAUCUUUUCCUGCUAUAAAUAUUUUGUUGUGUUGACGGAUUUGUAGCUUCUUGGUCAUCCUCCAAGAGAUGAUGACUAGGUUCCAGAACAAUAAGGUCUCACUUUGCAGACCUGUAUUUUGUUUUCCUUGUGGUAGCCCUUGUUUGUAUUUCACGAGUUUGUUCAUAAACUCGAAAUGUUUCUUUUUCGUAUAAUGAAUAGCUACAAUGCUAA